CUCAAGCGACGACAAAAAUUCAUGCCACAACUCACCUGCAGCAAAGGUUGAACGGGGGCAAGGUCAUCACCGUCUAUGUUUGAUUAGAAUCUCAUUGAUAUACCAUUGACCACCCGCUACUAACUAUCUACAUCUCCAUCCUCGGAAGUAAUGGCUACUCCUCGACCUUCGACGUCGUACAGCUAUGCCUCCACAUCGUACCAGAACGGGUAUGCCACAUCUACAUCUCAAGCUCAAGAUACUACAAGACCAGGAACUGCUCGAUCUGGCACUGCUCGACCAAGUACUGGUCGCCGCUCACGAGCCAGUUCUACUCUGGGUGCCGAGUCUCAACAGCUCAUAUGUGCCGUCAGUGAGUCGAGAGGCGUAUCUCCUACCGUCGGCUUGUCAUUUGUGAACAUAACCACCGGCGAGGCAGUCCUCAGUCAGAUAUGUGAUAACCAAUUCUACGCUCGGACACUCAACAAACUCCAGGUUUUCGAACCGACGGUAAUCCUGAUCAUUGCAAGCUGCGGGCCACCAAACCCGUCCAAGAUGUACUUGGUAAUCGAAGAAAACAUUAUUGGGGCCAAAAUCGUCAUGGUUGAUCGUAAGUACUGGGUUGAGUCAGCAGGCCUGGAUUUCAUUCAGCAACUCGCCUUUCCAGAGGAUGUCGAAGCACUCAAAGUUGCGGUCGAGGGUAAUUUCUUCGCCACCUGCUGUUUCGCUGCUGCGGUGAAGUUCAUUGAUUUGAGCAUGUCCAUCACAUUUGCUUUCCACUCACUUCGGAUCAAGUACCAGCCGUCUGAGGGUUCAAUGAUGAUCGACCUAUCUACGAUCCAUUCCUUGGAGCUCAUACAGAAUGUCCAGAAUUCGAAGUCAAAAGACUGUUUAUUCGGAAUUAUGAACGAGACACUCACUCCCAUGGGAGCUCGCCUACUUAGAAGCAAUAUACUUCAGCCUUCGACUCAAGAAGAUCUUCUCAAGCUACGUUACGCGGCUGUUCAAGAACUGAGCACGAAGGAAGAUAUGUUCUACCAGACGAGACAAGGUCUCAAAUCCAUUCAUGAUGUUGAAAAGCUACUCACUAGUCUUAUCAUUAUACAUGUGCAACCCGAUCUUCGUCAAUCGGAACAGGCUAUCAACAACAUAUUGAUGCUGAAAAGCUUCAUUCAAUCUGUUGUACCAAUAUAUGAAGCCCUCGCAGGAGCGCAGUCUGAUUUGAUAUGCAUGAUCCGAGAGACUUGCCGUCCAGAGAAUAUCAAACGAACAGUAGAAUCCAUUCAAGAAGUCAUCAACGAAGAUGUCAAGUAUCAACAGAAACCGCUGGAUCUACGAAAUCAAAGAACAUAUGCGGUCAAGUCUGGCGUCAGCGGUCUUCUUGAUGUCGCUCGCCAGACGUUCAAGGAGGCUACCGAAGACGUGUAUCAGCAUGUGACCGAUAUCAACCACAGAUUCGAAAUGCAGGCUGAGACCAGAUAUGAAACUUCUCGUCGAUACUACUUGAGGCUGGCUGAAGGCGAAUUUGAUGGACGACCCAUACCCGACAUCUUGGUCAAUCGAUACCGCAACAAAGGCUUCAUCGAAUGCCAGACAUUGGAUCUUAUGAAGCUGAACAAGAGAAUCGAGGAUUCCCAUCAAGAAGUGGUUCUCAUGAGCGACAAGACCACACAAACAUUGAUUGAUGACAUACGUGGAGAGAUUCCAGCGUUGUUUCGGGUGUGCGAAAGUAUCGCUAUGUUGGACAUGAUCACAGCAUUUGCUCACCUCGUAACAACAUCUACAGAAGGUUACAUCAAACCAGAGAUCACGGACUGCAUUGCGAUCAAGUCAGGUCGACAUCCUGUUCGAGAAAAAGUUCACAAGGAGAAAUUCAUUGCCAAUGAUGUUUAUGCUUCCCAGCAGAAGCGCUUCCAAAUCGUCACUGGCUGCAAUAUGAGUGGCAAAAGCACCUACAUCAGAUCUGUCGCUCUUACAGCAGUCAUGGCUCAAGUAGGUAGUUUCGUGCCAGCUGAAUACGCCUCGUUUUCCUUGAUUCAUCAGCUCUUCGCACGAGUAUCAAUGGAUGAUAGUAUUGAGGCCAACGUUUCGACCUUUGCUGCUGAGAUGAGGGAGACUGCAUUUAUUCUCAGAAACAUCGACAAAAACAGCUUGGUUAUCAUUGACGAGCUUGGCCGUGGUACAAGCAGCCGUGAUGGUCUAGCAAUUGCUCUCAGCAUUGCAGAAGCUCUCGUUGAUAGCAGGGCCAUCGUGUUCUUUGUAACACACUUCAAAGAGCUUGCACAAAUUAUGUCAGAGAGAGUAGGUGUUGUCAACCUUCACCUUGCUGUCGAUAUGAGUGAGGAUAACACCAUGACGAUGCUAUAUAAGAUAGGUUCAGGCUACGUACAACAAGAGCAUUAUGGAAUCACUUUGGCACGCGUUGUUGAUCUUCCACCUCAAGUCUUGGAAGUCGCAGAGAGGGUUUCGAAAGCUAUUGAUGCGCAGAGUGCUGCCAAGAAGCAAUCUUCAAAAGCUUUCGCUCUCAUCAGAAGACGAAAACUCGUACUUGGACUAAAGGAGGCUCUCAACCAAGCUGCUAGCGGACCAAUGAAUGGCAAGGCAUUACUGAGUUGGCUGCGGAGAUUGCAGGAAGAGUUCAUCCUUCGUAUGGAUCAGAUCGACAACGAUGUUGGAAGCAGUGAUGAGGAGGAGACAACUGCAGACAACGAGGGGUCGCUAGAUGGGAACAGUCGUCUUGCUAUCUCUGUAGAUACGCAGAACUAGCGGGUACUAGAUAUUGCCGAGAACUUGUCAUGUAAGUAGCUACCAUUCUAGCUGAAUUGCA